AUGCGCGCGCUGUCGUUCGCCGCGCGCGGACGCGACGCGCCUCCCUCCCCGCGAGGCGACGCGCCUCGCGUUCAAACGCGAGGAGAAAUAAAAACGAGCCGCGGCGGUCUCGCCGCCGCGCGAGGGUUAACAUCAUCGUCCUCCGCCCUCCUCCUCCUCCUCUCCCUCCUCCUCCUCCUCCUCGCGGCGCCCGCGCCCGCGCGCGCGCUCGCGCCGCCCGCGAACGCGUACGUGCUUCAGACCGUCAGCGCGCACGACGUCGUCGUGUUCUCCAAGUCGUACUGCCCGCGCUCGAGGGGCGUCAUCAAGGUGCUCCUCGCGAACGGCGCGCGCGAUCCCUUCGUCGUGGACGUCGACCGCGACGAGACGCACGGGAUGCACGGCGUCGUCGACGCGCUGUCGCUGCUGUACGGCGACAAGAGCAUCCCGCAGGUGUUCGUGAAGGGGCAGAGGAUCGGCGGGAACGACGAGUUCUUGAGCGCGAACGCGACGGGGGAGCUGCGGCGACUCGUCGGC